AUGCCCGGGUGUAUCUUUGCUGCACGGCCGCGGAUAGUUGGAUACAAGCGUUCGCCGUUUGGACGUGUUGGUGGUUCUAUUAGCAAGGUGCACCCUAGCAUACUGGCAGCAGCCGUUGUAGACGCAACUCUAGCGAGUAGCGAGCUCAAUCCUGCAGAUGUAUCUGCGAUGGUUGUUGGCCACAGCUUGCCAUCCUUUUGCGGUCAACACGCAGCUCAGCAAAUUGUCUCCAAAAGUACAUUGCUGGCCACGCCUGUGCCUGCUAUUUCAAUCAACGUCGUUUGCAACUCUGGUAUAGAGGCAGUUAUUGAGGCUUGCAGACGCAUCAGUGUAGGCGAGGGAUUAGCGUAUCUCGCCGUUGGGAUGGAGAGUAUGUCUCGCGCACACAUGGUGCAUUCUAAUAUCGCUACCGACGUGGCCACCAUUCAUGACGGGCUUCUAGAUGCAGAGACCCAGAGAUCUAUGGGGGAUAUCGCAGAAGAGUAUUAUUCCAAGCAGCACUAUACCCGCCAGCAGCUUGAAGCGGUGGCCGUCGCUUCGUGUGAAGCAGCUCUGGCUCGUGCAAAGCCAGAGCUUGUUCAUAUUGAGCUCGACCCGGCGUCAGGCACUGUCAGCGCAGUGACAUAUACAGCUAGGGGAGAUUCUGCUUCUGUUCAUUCCUUGAAACUUGUAUUCUUGCCUCCUGCUGCGGUCCCUGUUUCUUUCUGUGAAGAUGAACAGCUAAUCAGAUACAAUCGGACGAAACUUCCAUCUCUUCGCUCCUGCUUUCGCGAUGCCGGUCUCUUAACCUCUGGGACAACCAGUGCAAUGAGCGACGGCGCUGUCGCAAUAGCGCUAGUAGCCCCAACCUAUGAAGGAAGCCUUGCACCAUGUGAGCCACAAGCAGAAGUUCUUGGAUACUUCUAUCUGGUUACAUCCGGGUUAGAAUAUCUCAGAGCGCCGAUAGAUGCAGCAUGCGCGUUAUCUUCCUUGCUCGCGCUACCGCGAUCAGACAUCUCCUGUAUCCGCAUUACCGAAGCGUUUGCUGGCUUAGUUCUAGACAUACAAGUAGAGUUUCCCGAUUCAGUCGUUAAUAAGAAUGGAGACGCACUUGCCUAUGGUCACCCUCUAGCUGCUAGUUCGUGCAGAAUUGUCGGAGACCUCAUGCAGGACUUAGAGCCAGGAUGCAUUGGUUUGGCGUGUGCAUGCAAUGGUGGUGGAGGUGGUUAUGCAGUCUGUCUCCGUAGAAUCCGGUAA